GGUCUCGGCGGGGUAAAGUGCCAGGCUGGGAAUGGGGACUGCGCGGAGUCGUGAGCGACAAUGAGAAGGCUUGAGUAGAAUGUCACAAUGGAGGCCAAAUCCAUCACCAUUGGUGUGGAGGGGAUGACCUGCAGCUCCUGUGUUCAAACCAUUGAGGAGCACAUUGGGAAGGUGAAUGGGAUCCAUAACAUUAAAGUAUCUCUAGAGGAGAAGAAUGCAGUUGUCAUUUAUGACCCAAAACUGCAGACACCAGCACUGCUGCAGGAAGCAAUAUAUGACAUGGGAUUUGAUGCUACAUUAGCUGAUUCAAACCCACAGCCUGUUUUACUUGACACUGUUUUCCUUGCCAUUCCUACUCAGUCAGCUCUAACACCCAAGCAGAUCUGUAGCACACUACUGAAAAACAGAGGUAUCGUGGAUGUUAAAUUGUCCUCUGACCAGAAAGCUGCAGUGGUGACUUUCAUUUCUGCCAUUCUAAAUGGGAAGCAGAUCAGCCACAUGGUUCCUGGGGUGGAUCUGGAGAUCUCUGCAGAGGGAACCCCUGGAACUCAGGAAGAUCCCAGGUGGCCUCAAGCAAGUAGUGUUGUGCUGCACCUGAAAGUAGAGGGGAUGACUUGUCACUCCUGCACCAGCACCAUUGAAGGGAAGAUUGGCAAAUUGCAAGGAAUUCAGUGGAUUAAAGUGUCCCUGGACAAUCAGGAAGCUGUUGUUGUCUACCAGCCUCAUCUAAUUACAGCAGAAGAAAUAAGACAUCAAACUGAAGCAGCAGGUUUCACAGCAUCUUUCAGAAAGCAGCCCAGGCCCCUCAAGCUCAGUGCCAUUGACUUGGAAAGGUUGAGGAAUACUCAGACCAAAGGCUCUGAGACAGCACUGAAAGAAAACUCCCACCUGAAUGAUACAGUUGUCUUCAGGAUUGAUGGCAUGCACUGCAGCUCCUGUGCCCUCAAUAUUCAGAGCACCAUAGCAGCACUCCCCUCAGUAGCCAGUGUAGUUGUUUCAUUAGAGAAGAAAUCUGCUGCUGUGAGGUAUAACCCAAGCUCAGUCAGCACUGAGAUGCUGCAGAAAGCCAUCGAGGCUGUGUCUCCAGAGUUCAGAGUCAGCCUUCCUGACCCACCUGAAGGGGCAGCUCUUUUCCCCACACUGGCUUCUCAGCUGAAGUCUCCUCACCCAGCUUUGAAGGAUGCCAGCCAGCCACUCACUCAGGUUGCUGUGAUCAGCAUUGAGGGAAUGACCUGCAGCUCCUGUGUGCAGUCCAUUGAGGAGGUCAUGUCCCAAAAGGCAGGGGUGAAAUCCAUCCGUGUCUCCCUUGCCAACCAGAAGGGGACUGUAGAGUAUGACCCUCUGCAAACAAGCCCAGAAGACCUGUGUUCCUCAAUAGAGGAUAUGGGAUUUGAUGCAUCUUUAUCAGCCAAGGCAGAGCUCCCUGUGGCAACAGCUCAGCCCUUACCCGAGGUGCAGCUGGAACAUCUCAAACCUGAGCCUCCUUGCAAAGUGUCCCCGGCCCACCUUGCUCAGCAAGAGACAAAGACAAUAUCCAAGUGCUAUGUCCAGGUCACAGGCAUGACCUGUGCCUCGUGUGUAGCCAACAUUGAGAGAAAUUUGAGAAGAGAAGAUGGGAUACACUCGAUCCUUGUUGCCCUCAUGGCAGGGAAGGCAGAAGUGAGGUACAAUCCUGCUGUCAUACACCCUUCAGCUAUUGCAGAGCUCAUACAGGAGCUGGGAUUUGGAGCUACUGUGAUGGAAAAUUGUGGUGAAGGAGAUGGGAUUCUGGAACUUGUUGUGAGAGGAAUGACAUGUGCUUCUUGUGUACACAAAAUAGAAUCCACCCUCAUGAAGAUGAAUGGUGUUUUAUACUGCUCAGUAGCUCUUGCAACCAACAAAGCACACAUUAAAUAUGAUCCUGAGAUUAUAGGUCCUCGAGAUGUCAUACAAGUGAUAAAGGAUUUAGGCUUCACUACUUCAUUAGUCAAAAAAGACAGAUCUGCCAGUCACCUGGAUCACAAACAGGAAAUAAGGCAGUGGAAGAGGUCUUUUGUUGUGAGCCUCGUUUUCUGUAUUCCUGUCAUGGGGCUGAUGAUUUACAUGAUGGUAAUGGACAGUCAGCUCUCAGAUGCUCACACACAUCAGAACAUGAGCAGUGAGGAAAUGGAGGCUCUCCACUCCUCCAUGGUCCUGGAAUACCAGCUCCUCCCAGGAUUGUCUGUUAUGAAUUUUCUGUCGUUUUUACUCUGUGUCCCUGUACAGAUGUUUGGAGGCUGGCACUUCUAUAUCCAGGCAUACAAAGCACUGAAGCACAAAACUGCAAAUAUGGACGUGCUCAUUGUCCUGGCAACCUCCAUUGCCUUUGUCUACUCCUUUGUUAUUCUCCUUGUUGCAAUGGCUGAGAAAGCAAAAGUAAACCCUGUCACUUUCUUUGACACCCCUCCUAUGCUCUUUGUCUUCAUCUCCCUGGGCCGGUGGCUGGAGCACGUUGCCAAGGGUAAAACAUCAGAAGCACUGGCAAGACUAAUUUCAUUACAAGCUACUGAAGCUACUAUUGUUACCUUGGGCCCUGGUAACGUUCUUUUAAGUGAAGAGCAAGUUGAUGUGGAGCUGGUUCAACGAGGUGAUGUUGUCAAAGUGAUCCCAGGAGGGAAAUUCCCAGUGGAUGGUCGUGUCAUUGAGGGACACUCCAUGGUAGAUGAAUCUCUGAUCACAGGUGAAGCAAUGCCUGUGACUAAAAAGCCUGGCAAUACAGUUAUUGCAGGUUCUAUUAAUCAGAAUGGGUCACUCCUGAUCUCAGCAACCCAUGUUGGAGCUGAUACAACUCUUUCCCAGAUCGUGAAGCUUGUGGAGGAGGCCCAGACCUCAAAGGCUCCUAUCCAGCAAUUUGCAGACAAACUUAGUGGCUAUUUUGUUCCUUGUAUUGUGGCUGUCUCUGUGGUGACCCUUUUUGCCUGGAUUAUAAUUGGGUUUGUGGAUUUUGAAAUAGUAGAAAAAUACUUUUUGGGUUACAAUAAGAGCAUUUCUGCAGCCGAGGUGAUAAUCCGCUUUGCUUUCCAAGCCUCUAUCACAGUCCUGUGCAUUGCCUGCCCCUGCUCUCUGGGAUUAGCCACCCCCACAGCUGUGAUGGUUGGCACUGGAGUGGGAGCUCAGAAUGGCAUCCUGAUCAAAGGAGGAGAACCACUGGAGAUGGCACAUAAGGUGAAGGUGGUUGUCUUUGACAAAACAGGCACUAUCACUCAUGGGACUCCAGAAGUGAUGCAGGUGAAGUUCCUAGUGGAGGGCAACCAACUACCACAUAACAAAAUGCUGGCCAUAGUGGGGACUGCAGAAAGUAAUAGUGAACAUCCUCUUGGAGUAGCAAUAACAAAAUACUGCAAAAAGGAGCUGGAGUCAGAAACCCUUGGGACGUGUACAGAUUUUCAGGUGGUUCCAGGCUGUGGCAUUAGUUGUAAAGUCACCAAUAUUGAAGCAUUGCUCUACAGGAAAAACAGAAUGGUUGAAGAAAACAAUAUUAAAAAUGUGACACUUGUGAAAAUUGAGGAAAAUGUGGAUGAAUUGGUGCAGCCUGCUUUGAUUAUUGAUGCUGAACUACCAACUCCUCUGACUUCUCAGAAAUACUCUGUCCUCAUUGGGAACAGGGAAUGGAUGAGUAGAAAUGGCCUCAUUGUUAAAAAUGAAGUUGAUAAAGCAAUGAUGGAGCACGAGCGGAGAGGUCGCACAGCAGUUCUAGCAGCUGUUGAUGGAGUGCUCUGUGGCUUGAUUGCUAUUGCUGAUACUGUGAAGCCAGAAGCUGAGCUGGCAGUCCACACUUUGAAGAGUAUGGGAUUAGAAGUUGUCCUAAUGACAGGUGACAACAGCAAAACAGCAAGAUCUAUUGCCUCUCAGGUUGGCAUCACCAAAGUGUUUGCAGAGGUUCUGCCCUCCCACAAAGUAGCCAAAGUCAAACAGUUACAAGACGAAGGGAAGCGGGUGGCCAUGGUUGGAGAUGGGAUCAAUGACUCCCCAGCUCUUGCCAUGGCCAAUGUGGGCAUUGCGAUUGGCACAGGCACUGAUGUAGCCAUUGAGGCAGCUGAUGUGGUUCUAAUUAAGGAUGACUUGAUGGAUGUGGUAGCAAGUAUAGAUUUAUCAAGGAAAACUGUCAAAAGGAUCCGGAUCAACUUUGUCUUUGCCCUGAUUUACAAUCUCAUUGGAGUUCCCAUAGCUGCAGGUGUCUUCCUGCCCAUUGGUUUGGUUUUGCAGCCCUGGAUGGGAUCUGCAGCAAUGGCUGCCUCCUCUGUUUCUGUUGUGCUUUCUUCUUUGCUGUUGAAGACGUACCAGAAACCAAGUUCUGAGAAACUUGAAUUCCGAGCCCGUGGCCAAAUGAGGCACAAGAGCCCUUCAGAAAUCAGUGUCCACAUUGGGAUUGAUGAGAAUGGGACAGGUUCUCCUAAACUGAGCUUAAUGGAUCGGAUCAUCAACUACAGCAGGGCCUCCAUCAACUCCCUGUUCUCAGACAAGCGGUCAGUGAACAGCACAGUUCUCAACGAGCCAGAUAAACAUUCACUUCUGGUGGGAGACUUUGGAGAAGAUGAUGACACAGCAUUAUGAAAGGCUUGUUCCUCUUCUCCUAAGGAAAAAAAAAACCAAAACCAACCAACAAACCAACCAAAACAGCUGUCUUGAAGUCUCUGCGAGUGCUGAUAAGUUCUGGAGGACUUUUCAGAUUUAAUCUAUAAUGCAGAAAGUUUUUGCAGUGACUUCCCAGGAUCUCUUUAUUUUUCUAGUCUUACAAAAAAAAAAAAAGUGGUGCAGGAGCUGUUAAUGCUUGCAAACAGAGCUGUUACCAUUCCAUGAAGCUUGUAGUAUAGCACUGUUUGGUUUUCUUUUUCAGAAUGUCAAGACACACAAUUAGGGAAGCUAAGGAACCAGAAACUUACUUUCUCAGCCUUCUAACAGGCUCCUUUAUGCAUAGUCAAGUUUAGUACUAGUGUUAAAAAAUUAUGAAACACUACAUCUGCAAAGUACUGAAGGUUCUGUGUUUGCAGAUACAUGUGCCUUACUUCAGAACUUCAUAGCCUUUGGUUCCUCUCCAAAUGCCUUUCCUUUCUAUACACACCCAUUUCCAGCUUUCCACACUCCAGUCUUUGGAUAACAUCAGUGUUUGUGUCUUGGAUUCCUCCAGGGCAGAGAUAACCAAAAGGUUUUGGGUUUGCUCUCUAACAUCUCACUCCCUUUUAACUCAUCACAACCAUGCCCCAGAACACUCUGAGGACUGAAGGCUGAAUUGGUUGGGAAGUUUGCUCAUCCCCAACUUCUCCUAACCCAAAAACUCCUGCAGCAUCUGAAUGAUGAUAAGAAUUAUGUGGUAUUAGUCAAAAUGUUUAGCUUUUUAGAAAGCAGCAUUGUAAUUAGUGCUCACUACCAAUCUCUACUAGCACUCCUUAAGUAAACCAGAAUAGUUUGUACCAGUGUCACACAGGCUGCCUUUAAAAUCUUUACAGUUCAAUCUGUGCAGAUAUCUAACACCAUCAAAGAAAUUAUUGUGUGUUGGAUGCUGCACUAACAUCAGUUGCUUGUAAAGAUAAAUGAUAAAUACCAGGAAUGGUCCAGAAUCCACUCCAUAGAUUGAUCCAAACCUCUGUUGCUUGGGAUGUCCAGCUCCAGGUUUUGUGAAUGAGGACAGUCUUCAUUUGAUACUGAACUUGAAAUGCCAAAAUGCAGGUUUUGGUCAUCAAUCAUUAGUAUUAAAAAUAUUCUCAAUGAGAAAUAAAUCACCCAGUAGCUAGCUUCCUGUUUCUUACUUAAUAAACCUCGUUCUGUAAAUCCUCUGCUGAGACACCUGUCUGAAGCAAUUCCUAGGUUCAGCACCUUCAUGUGGAAUUGCAUUACAAAACACAGUGAAAUGUAAUUUCCAGUUUGUAUUUCUAGAGGGGAAAUACUCAGUUUGGAGUAUAAAAAAUGAGAUCUCUGUAGUGUUCUAGUUUUUAAGUUGAAGUCUGAUGUCAAUGCAUAGAUAGUGUGUGUAAAAUGUUGUAACUACCUUGUGCUUGCAUUUUACCUGAGAACUACCAGAAGAGUACCAGGGUGUGAAAAGAGGGGUUGUACUAUGGAAUAUUAUGUUGUGAGUAAAUUGGUGUAUUUGUUAUAUUGCAGUGAGGAGAACAGCAAAAUUUGUUGCUGCUGCUUAGUUUAAGAAACAGAAUACUUCUGUUGCAGGAUUUAGGCUCUUGAUACCUCUCUGUGAAUGUAGAUGGCUUUUUAAAAUUAGAUAAUGGCUCCGUGUAUAUAUUGUAGUGUACAGAAAUGCUGAGAUACAUUACUGCAAAGCCAUUCCAUAAGAUGGUGUCUCUGUUUUCAGCAGCAAAGCUGUUUCUUACAGAGCAGGUAAUUACUGAACUGUUUGAUCUCAUUACAAUGGAUUUCUUAGUGCUUCACGACCGUGCCAACUCCUUCCAAAGAAUUGUUUUCUUCUUGAUCCACACUCACUCUUGGUGUUUUUGGUAAGAUUCUGCAGCUGAAAGGGAAAUAUUCUCUGUGGUUUUGUCUGGAUUGUUCUGAUGGUUGUUCUUAAUCAUGGAGUGAAGACAGAAGGCAGAUCCUAAGCACCCUUUCAGAUAAGGGGUUUGCUACUGCAGGUGCUGGUUGUGGUAUACAUGGGAUGUAAAUGACAGGCAUCAUGCAUGAAACAGAGCAAUCAUUUAGGGUUAAAUUCCUGGUUGGUAGAUAAAGCAGCAUAAAUAAUCUGUUUAUUUCUGAAUAUAUUUUAGAGUCCUUUGGCCUUGACCUUUUACUGUCCAAAUUGCAGGUUGAAUGUUGAUGCUGAAACACUGGCUUUAUCGCCAGCUUUUUCCCAAUAGGGAGGUUCUUCCAGGCUUUUCCAUUUUCUGUGAAACACAGCAUUUUUUGCACCAAACAAGGCUACUUUUCAAGAGCAGGGUACCUGAGGUGCAGAGAGGAUCAUUGGGAAAUAGUAAAAUGCUGGUGGAGAGGGAACCAGGGGAGCAGCUUGUAGGUACAGUCAGGAUCACACUCCAGAGGGAGGAAAUAACUGAGCUAAGACCAGAGUCAGCCCAAAGAUGAAUAGGUGUGAGGUGGCUCUGAUAAAUUUAGGCUUGAAUUAAGAAAAAAACUUUUUAAGUGUAAGAACUAUUAAGUUCUGAGCAGAUUACUCUCCUGUUUCUGCAAGAGGCUGGUACAAAGUGAUGCCAACAAAAGCACUGGUUGGGACUUAGUGACCCAGGAAGCCCCUUGCACUCCAGUUUUCCUCUUCCGGAAAAUCUUUCUGGACUCAUCUUUGGAAUUUGAAUUUAAUUCACAGUGUGUUUGAGUGCUGUAGAGCUGAUGAAAUUCAGAGUUCAGAUCUUGGGAAAUAAGUUGUCUGUCCAGAACCCCCCCUCCCACAAAGGUGUGAUAUUGACUUACAGAGUGUUUAUCUUUUCAUUAAAAUAUUCUAUAAGGUGCUUAAUGUUGAAGAACCAAAAUGUUUUUCAGUUUGAAUGUACAGUGCAAAUGAAAUCAUGUGGAAGCCAUGUGUUUUCCCUAAUGUAAAUGUUUUAAUGUGUAAAUAUGUUGCUCUUGUUGGAGACAGUCUGGAUACAGGAAUUUAAAAUAUCACUUGGAAACACAAAGUUACAAAUUACAUUGUAUUACUAGGUUUUCUAUUUUAUUGUUUUCUGUAACUAGCUAUUUAUAAAAUCUAUGCUCUAUUUUAAAAACAAAGUACAUAUCCUUGAGGCUUUAAAAUUGCUCUUUGAAUCUUACAAAUGAACUUUUAAAAGUGUAGACACUUGAAAUUUUAUAUGAAAAAGAAUGUGAAGCUGAUAAAACACAAUGGAAGCAAGCAUUUUUAUUUAUUAAAAACUUUUUUUUUUUUUUUUUUUUUUUUUUUUUUUUUUUUUUUUUUUUUGCUUAGAACUUCUAUCUGAAUGUUUUAAACUUGACACUAUUGGGGUUUUACUCCAUUUUGGUCUGAAGAAUGGAGAAAUGAAUGCUGUUGUGGAAUGUUAAUUUAGUGCUGUUACAUUACAUCUAGAAACAACUAUUCUCACACUUCAUAUUCUUUUCAGACUGUGCCUCCAUCAAUAUCAUGACAAUUCUAAGCUACAUAAUAAAAGUAACAUCCAAAGACCAUUCCAAA